AUGGCUAUCUACACUUGCUGGUCAACCAUCACCUGGGGACAGACCCUGGCCGUUGUUUUCGUCGUUUGCCUCGGAUAUGCUACUGUUCUUGCUGUGCAGAGGCUUUGGCUCAGCCCUAUUGCCCACAUACCCGGGCCAAGACUUGCGGCCCUGACGCAGUACUAUGAGCUAUAUUAUGAUAUUGUCCUCGGCGGCAAAUACACCUUCAAGAUUAUGGAACUGCAUAAAGAGUACGGUUCUGUGUUUGGAGCUCCAGAUAGUUCCCUCGCAACAAUCGAUCAUGAUCACCACAAGCUGCGCCGGUCGGCUCUCAAUGCAUUCUUCUCGACUCAUAGUGUUCGAAAUCUCCAACCAGUUAUCGAAGAACGAGUCGAUAGUCUUCUUGAAGCCUUCCACAAGUAUGCCGCUACUCAAUGUGGCACGCCAAUCAACAUCAUGUAUCCUUUCUCGGCUUUCACGAACGGCUGGUCAGGAUUUCUGAAGAUGAAGAACGAUAUCCUUCAGCAAAUUCAAAAAGUCAAGUCGACAGAGAAUACAGGACAAUGGAAGCUGGACGUGAGCCACCCAACCAUUUUGCAUGAAUUGCUCUCUUCAGAGAACCUUCCGGACUGUGAGAAGACACCGGCCAGGCUAGCCCAAGAAGCACAAAUUCUGGUGCAAGGAGGCACUCUUACGUCGUCGUGGGCUCUAUCACUGGCAACAUUCCAUCUUGUCAAUCAAGAAUCAACGCUUCGAAAGCUCCGGGACGAACUAUUUGUCGCUAUCCCUGACGCCAAUGAAGUUAUACCGCUGGCGAAAUUGGAAAGUUUGCCGUAUUUGCGAGCCGUUGUUAGAGAGGCUCUCCGCCACAGCAUUGGUACGAGUGGAAGGCUUUCCCGAAUUGCUUUGGAUGAAGAAUUUCUUCUUCAUGAUCAUGAGAGGAUGAGAGAGUGGCGAAUCCCUGUAGGGACCGUGGUUAGUAUGAGCCCGUAUAUGACUGUCAUGGACGAAGACAUAUUCCCAGACCCAUUAAGCUUUCAGCCCGAGCGCUGGCUUGACGAUGGGGAUCGACUUGAAAAACAUCUGACAGUAUUUGGUGGUGGAACGCGAAGUUGCUUGGGUAAGGCCCUUGCGCUAGCGGAGAUGUACCUGGUCCUGGCCAAACUGUUCCGUCAGUGGGGAAAUGGUGUUGAUGUCCGUCCUGGAGAUACUGGAGUCUUGAACAUUUUCGAAACGACCCCGCGAGAUGGUCAAAUGGCGUCUGACUACUUUAUCCCUAUCCCUUACAAGGUACAGCCUACAGGCCAAGACAACGAUAUGUGGUGGGACGUUGGCUAA